CCAUGUUGGACGUUGGUCCAAAUUGAAUUCACCGGUAUUUCCCGAUUUGUGGCUUCCAAAAUCCUUAUUUUUCUGAAAAAAAUAGUACUGGUUUGGAUUGACUUAAACGAGUUGUGGAGUCCCAAAACUGAUGCUCAUGCAGUAGCCUUAAUUAUGGCUUCCCAUGUCAAUGAGGAAAACAGCAUUGGUGAGGAGGAGGUCUCCCUGGCUGAAACGAAGAGCGCUGCUGCCGAGAUUAUCCAUGAUAAAACUGAGGUUGUAAUUGAAAUAGGUCCAGGCGAUCUUCCUCCUCCUAAAAAAAGGGGUCGGCCACGCAAAAUCAACACUGGCGCUGAAGGAAUGAUCAACACUGAGUCUGAGGUGAAAAUUCUACCAAAGAAAAGAGCUCGGAUGUACAAAGAGGAUGAUGAGUGGACUAGUCCUACUGUGCCAGUGAGGGGGAGAGAGGCAGUCAUCACCCGCACCAGAACCGGCAGAACACCACGGCGGUCGAUAUACGGCGAUGACUUCAUCUCCCCGUUCGAUACUAAAACAAUAAGAGCAGAAUUAGACAAGGCAACAAAGACUGCUUCCAGCAGUGGUGAACCACUGAAACGGGGACGGGGUAGACCGCCAUUGAAAAAAGUUCCCGCCCCUCUGAUUCAGCAGGAUGCCAAGCAGAUGCAGCCUCCAUCAGAAAUCAUUGUUAUAGAAACGGUACAGGCUCUAGAAGAGGCUGAGGUUGCUGUGAAAACGGUACAGACACCAAUGGAGACCGUUACCGUGGAGAUAAUAAAGGCAUCGGAGGCACACGAUACAGAAGGGACCCAGACCUUGAUGGUGGAAGUUGUAUCGUCGUCCCAGGCAGAGGAGGCAGCACCAAGUCAAAGUCAGACACAAUCUGUCGAAGCUGCGCCAAGCCAUAUGCAGAUUGCUAAGGAUGCACCUAUUCAGCCUCAGGAGAUACCCUCGGAGGUUGUUGUCACUCCCAAGAAGAGACGAGGAUGGCCUCCCAAGAGGAAAGAACCAGAACCGGACACAAAUAAUGAGUUGGUCGAUCCUGAUGCAGACUUGCUGGAGGAUGUCGAUCAGGGUGCUAUGGAAAUGGAAGAGGAGGUCACUGCAGAAGAGCAAGAACAGCUUGACAUGCUAGAAAUUAACGGAGAAAAUGAUUUCACCGACUCAAAUGAGACUGAGAAGGAAGUAUUGGAAGCUUUGCUUGCACAAGAUGUAGGAGAAGAGGGGCUACCAGUUGACCCAGCCAGAAGUGUGCGCCAUCCGUCAGCAGUGGCAGGCCUGAAUGACUUAUUGCCAGAUCGAUGCUGCUCAGAAUCAGAUGAACCAAAUUGUAACUGCGGUUUGUUCCAUUGUCCACUCUGUACUGUAGAGUACUUCAAGCCAGUCAAAUACGCGCGAGUGAUAUCGAAACAUCUUAGUAUUCAUGAGAAGUAUGGAAUUCGAUUCCUAGACGUGAUUUGCUGUCCCUGCCGUUUGGAUUGCCAAGAGAUGAGGAUGUCACAUUUCCACUGCCCCGCUUGUGGCAUCGUCAAACUCACCAAGACGACAUUCCAGAAGCAUCUUGACAAGCAUGGUGAUGUUAUGUUCAUUCUUGACCCCCAGUGGAAGACUAGACAAAAACAGGCUGCAAGCAGUCCGAAAGUGACUCCCAAGAAGACGCCACCGGCACCACCCGUCCUGGAUGAACCCGUUUUGAGUAAUGUGACUGCAGUCCUUACUACCGAGUUCUUGGAGCAUAUUGGUGCAAUGGAGAACACGGAAAGCUUCCUCAAGGAGAAGCUAGCUAUGGAAAAGGUGUUCGUGACGAAGGUCAGCGACCAGUGGAUCAUUCAUGGACAGUGGGAACACAUACAGAAGGCCUAUUCUAGACUGAAAAAGCUCCACAAGGAAGCCAAGAUACAAAAGUUGAAGGGUAGGAGAUCAAACGAGUCUGAAGACGCACAACAUGCAGCAAGCGGACAGCAUACUGUGUCUGUUCUUGGUCAAACUCUCGUUAUUCCCAAACAAGAGGUUACCAAAGACUCUCCAGAAUCUCUAGUGGUGGACAGCGGAUUAGAACCGGACAAUCGGGAAUUGAAAGAGGGCGACCCAGAUUAUAAGCCAAAACCACGAGUACGACGUAGCAAAGACGAGAUCAAAGCAUUGGGAAUUAAGUUAAAGUGUCGGACAUGCGGUUUGAUAAAACAUUCCAAGGAUGCGUUGUAUCGACAUAUUUGGCGCUGUCAUAAGGAGAAGAUACACGAGUGUUCAAAAUGUGGACGGAGUUAUGGCCAACGGAGCGAUAUGGUGCGACAUCAGGAGGCAUGUAAGGGUAGGAAAGCGAGUAUUCCCGAGCCGGAGGGUGACGGGCCGUAUAAAUGUGAUCUCUGCGAUAAACUUCUCAUGACUCGUGAAACUCUGAAAGCCCAUCAUAAAUACAUCCACACAGACACUGGUGCCUGUGUUUGCCAUUUAUGUGGGAAAAACUUCCGCGCCCCACGCUAUCUUAAAUCCCAUCUAGUUCGCCAUUCCGAUGUUCGGAACUAUGUCUGCGGAGUCUGUGGUAAAAGUUUCAAAGAACGCGGGACUCUAAAAGAGCAUCUUGGGACGCAUAAAGAUCCCAGUGAGCGAGAGAAGAAAUUUAAAUGCCAGCUCUGUCCGAAAACAUAUUUUCGCCAUGCGGCACUACUAGAUCAUAUGAAUUUCCACGCAGGGCGGAGGCCAUAUUCAUGUGUAGAUUGUGGUAAAACCUUCGUCGGGCGGUGCGCUUUGCAAAAACAUCAACUCAGUCAUAUAGAGAGGAAAAGCUUUGAUUGUGAUCGUUGUGGCAAAUGUUUCAAAUUCAGACACAAAUUGGAGUCGCAUUUUGUGACUCAUACGGGUUUCAGUAAGCACGUGUGUUCGAUUUGCGGGAAAUGCUUCACGACGUCGACAACACUUCGUAAGCAUAAUUGUAAGGGGUCAUUGCCGGUUGAUAAGUUGAUGCUGCAGAAUCAGAAUACGCCCCCGAUUGAUACGGGCAAACAAACCCUGCAGUUGUACAUGUGUAGUUUGUGCAAUCUGACGUUCACCGAGUGGACAGAGGUGGCUGGUCACAUGCUGUUACAUAAUGAGGUGGGAGAUGGUGGGGUCGACAACGGCAGCGAAGGGACGGUACAGAUUGAACUCCAGUCACAGGACUUGAUCAAUUUAGCUGAUGCUGCUGCAGCCAGCGCUAGUUUAGCCGCAUCAGGUGAUGCUAGCCAGGAAGAUAUGCAGAGCGUGAUUAAUGCGAUUGCUCAGGUACAGCGUAUGGAGAAUGCUGACGGCGAAUUAGAUGAUGAUGUCACGACAGAAACACAACAGGCGCUGGCCCAGAUACAGUAUAACCAGAUACAGAUUCAGGACAGUAACAUCCUGAACGUGAUACAGGAUGGGCAGGACGAGCCACGCCAGGUAACGAUACAUCUGGAGGAUAACGAGCAGUAUCAGAUCGUCCAAGAACAACUUGCGGCCAACCCGGAGCAGUUUCAGAUCAUUCAGGAGAAUGCAGGGGAGGAGCGGGGACAGUUUCAAUUAAUUCAGGGGACGUCAGAUGACUCCCAAGGUCAGUAUCAGGUCAUACAAGAUGCAGACACUGAGGGUACAUUCAAUUACCAGGUCAUCCAGGGGGACGGGGUCAAUCAGAGGUAUCGUAUCAUCCAAGGGGAGCCAGGCUCGCAGGGACAAUUUCAAAUCAUUCAAAGCGAGACCUCCGGGGAGUUCCAAGUCAUUCGUGGCGACCCGUUGGAUCAGGGUAGCUUUCAGAUCAGCCAGGCCCAGGGUGGGGAGGACCAAGGGCAAUACCAGGUCAUCCAGGAGACCCAACAGGAUGGAGACUUUGAUGUUUUGCAAGAGGGUAGCGAUGAGAAUCAGUUCCAAGUUGUCCCAGGCUCUGAGGGCGGCGAGGGGACUGUUACAAUCACUGCACCACAAACAAGUGAACAUUCCGAGUUGAGUUGUAACAUUGGUGAUAUGCCUCUUGAACAUGUUGAACAGUUGACCGCUGUUACUCAUAUUGCAAUGGACCCUGCCAACCAUCAGGAAUGCAUGGUGGAGACAGAGCUUGUCGAGGGUGGUAAUGGGGACCCUAUUUAUGAUGAGAUGCAGGGAGAGGUCCUGGACAGCGCAUCUGUUGUUGUGAUGAGUGAGGUACAACAGGGAACCUUUCAAUAGAUCAGGGAAGUAUGUGUAACAUAAUGGCCCAGUGUUCAUGAUGAGGACUGUGUUUAUACAGGGACUGGGUAUACAGUGCAAUCUCUUAAAGAACACCCUCAUGACUUGCCUGAAGGGGAGGAGAAUCUACUGAGAGUCUACUGAAGAUCUAACUUUCAGAUCUGUUUUGACAGGGAUUUUCUGGUGUAUUAUUUAUUCUUUGUGAUUGGCACCCAAUUC